GCCCCCUCAGAUGGAGUAACUGGGCCCCAGUGAUCCAGUGAGACAGUGAAGUUUGAAUAUUUCAGCUCUGCUCUGUUGAGAUGAAGCUCUGAUGAUCCCCGCGGAGCCGUCGGAUCAGAUCAGCCAUGGCGAGGUCAAAGGCGAAGGUGUACGCGUGCUGCGCGCUGAUGCUGCUCUGCGUGGUGUCUGUCAUCGUGUGUAUCGCUGUUCUCACGAAGGUGUCUCCUGUGCAGUGUCCAGAUGACACUUUCUCACGGGCUGCUGUGGCCGCAGACUCUGGGAGAUGUUCACAGAUCGGACGGGACAUCCUUCAGAGAGGAGGCUCGGCGGUAGAUGGCGCCAUCGCUGCGCUGCUGUGCACCUCCAUCAUGAACCCGCAGAGCAUGGGCAUCGGAGGAGGGUCCAUCUUCACAGUGAUGGACAGCUCAGGUAAAGUGAAGAUCAUCAACUCCAGAGAGACUGUGCCCAGGAACUUUAAAAGCGACCUGCUGCAGUCGUGUCCCAAAUCCUUCCAGAUGAUGGCAGGUAGUCACUGGAUCGGAGUCCCAGGUGAGAUUCGGGGUUAUGAAACGGCUCACAAGAUGUUCGGGAAGCUGCCGUGGGCCGAGCUCUUCCAGCCGACCAUCAAACUGGCCAGAGAGGGAUUUCCUGUCCCUCCAGUCCAAGGUCGCUACAUCCAGUACAUCGAUUCAAACGCGACCCAGAAACUACGAGAGCUGUUUUCAGAUCAGAACGGGAACCUGCUGAAGGUCGGGGACAUCGUGAAGUUUGAGAAGCUCGCUGACACUCUGGAGGAGAUCGCAGUGAAGGGAGCAGACAGAUUUUACACUGGAAGAAUAGCUGAGGAUCUAAUCAGCGACAUACAGGAGGCAGGAGGAACACUGACGGCGCAGGACCUGGCAGAGUACGCUGUAACGGUGACUGAUGCGUGGGUCGUUCCUCUGGGAGAGUACCAGAUGUACAUCCCCCCGCCCCCCGCAGGAGGCAUCAUCCUCAGCCUCAUCCUGAACAUCCUGAAAGGAUAUCACCUGAGUUCAGCCUCUCUGAGCGGCGAGCAGAAGACUCAGGCCUACCAUCGUUACAUCGAAGCGUUCAAGUUUGCCAACGGGUUGAAGAAACACAUCCGAGAUUCAAAGUUCGGCUCAGAAGAAAUGGCCAAGAAAUUCACAACGGACAGCUUCGCCGACCACGUCCGGAGUCUGAUCAGAGACGACAGGGCGCUCGACCCCGAGUUCUACAACAUGACCGGGUCUGUGGACGGCGUGGGCACCACACACGUGUCGGUGCUGGCGGAGGACGGAUCCGCUGUGUCUGUCACCAGCACCAUCAACCACAUAUUCGGCUCAAAGAUCUUCUCUCCCAGAACCGGAAUCAUCCUGAACAACGAGCUGUCUGACUUCUGCGGGCGGGUCGAUAAGAUGUUCCCCGGGGAGCAGCCUCCCUCCUCCAUGGCCCCCACUGUGCUCAAGGCCCCGUCGAAGACGCUGGUGAUUGGAUCGACUGGUGGGAGCAUGAUCACGACCGGGCUGGCCUCGGCGCUCGUGAACCACCUCUGGUUUGGAAAGAGCCUGAAGGAGGCGAUCGCUGCUCCCGUCGUGUUUGUCGACUCUGAAAACACAGCGAAGUUUGAACCCAGAUUUGAUAAGGAUGUGAUCGAGGCUCUGGUGGCUCUGGGACACAAACAGGGAACUGCCAAACAUUUCUUCAACGUGGUCAACGCUGUGGAGAAGCAGGACGGCUGCAUCUGCGCCGUGUCGGACGCCAGGAAGCUGGGCGAGGCCGCUGGCUACUGACAUCAUCACACUCUGUUUCAUCUCCUGGUCUGCUGUCAUUGUCUUAGUGUCACUUCUACUGUGAAUAUAAACGUUAGUUAUGCAAAGAUGUGAUCUGGUGACGUAAUGUGAUGUCACAAAGUCACAGAAGUAAAGGCGGGACUACUGACGAUGCGUUCGAGGAGCAGUGAGGAGCUUCUGUUGGGCUGUUUAAGACAUUUUAAAUGCUCAAGAACCUUUUUUAACACUAAAGGAGUGGAAAACAAAAAAGCAUCGUCGGUCUCUUAAUGUGACAGUGAAUUCCAGGUUUCUGCAGCAACUGAAAUGAAAUGUUGCGUCACGCCUUAACUUUAUAUCUGAAAAAAAAAAACCGUAUGUCUUAAAGUAAACUCAGGCAUUUUUAUCCACGUGGCAGUCAAAGUGUGGACAAGCAUCACGUGGAAAAAGAAGAGCUUCACCUGAGGCCAGAUGUUCCUGUUCCUCCCGUCCUGCUGCCUUCUACACGUUCUGUUUUCAGAGUUACAGCCUCCAAGUUAUUCAUCUACAUGCUGAAACAUGUGGGUUAGUCUCAGACUACCUGUCUGCUAACAGCACAAGUCUUUUCAUUGUUUUCCUUUGUGGGGAUUAAAUAACUUCAGUGUCAGCGAUCAGCUCCAGGCUGUGGGAGAAACAUCUGAUUCUCCCGGGUCGUUCCGUCUCCGUACGAUAGCAGCUCAUACGUAUCUCGUACAGACGUUAAAGUCUUAGCAAAGCCAACUGUUUUCGUAAGGAGGCCUUCGAUUUAUCUAAAUGUCUCUGACUUAUUUAUCUUCACCUUGGCUCGGUUAGUCAGACAUCUGUUCUGUAGACACAUCUACGGUAGAUUUGAGUAUCUAGGUUGCAGAGACCAUGAGAAGAUUCCUCGUAGGGCAAACGUCACUAUCCUAAUCCAGACUCACGUUUGACCCGCGAGAUUCAUGUUGUUCUCCCACACAAACUGUCCUGGGAGCUCAGGACGACUGUGAUUGGUUUAAAGAAGGUUUGGCUUUGAGUCUCAAUGAGGUCAGCAGACGAAAUAAAAUCAUUCAUAGUUUCAAUUAUGUUGUUGUAUCUGAAACAUUAUCUGGUGUAGCUGCAUAGUUUUCAGAGUUCUUUAUAGAACUGAAUGUUAUUUUACAUGUUUUUAUCGCUGUUCUUGUCAUUAUGUUGCCUCUUUAAGUUGUUUUAUUUGACUCGAUUUCGUUGUAAACGUGCGUCACCUCUCAGCGAUCCCUCGGGUACAGAUGAAGUUUCACUGAUUGAUUUCAGAUCAAUCUCAAUCUCAAAUCGAGUUCAGGCAGAGCGAAAACCAGAAAAUAUUAUCCAGUUUCACCAUAAUCACUGAUAGUCAGGAACAGGUGACGGAGGGCAUUAAAACGAUAUUGAAGGUAAAAUAGUUACAUAAUGUUGCUUUCAAUCAGUCUGUUUAAAGCUGUUAUCAUCUUGUUCUCACUCUCAGUGCUCAAGUUAAUCUUUCAUCGUUGUUUUGUUUCUCUUCAGUUGAUAUAUAAAGUGAAAGAAAUAUGGAAUUAUUUGUAAUAUUCAAAUAAAAUGUUGCUUAUUUUUGUCUGAUGUA